AUGAGUAUACAAAGCAUAACUGCAAAAGGAGGAAAAAAAACAGCUGUAGCUGUCAGUACGUGCAAGAAUUCCGGCAAGUUUGAGAUCACCGUGAACAAGAGGCCACUGCAUUUAUACAGCCCAAAGAUGAUACUCUCAAAAGUGAUGGAGCUGUUCGCCAUAAUCGACAAAAAGUUCUAUGAAGGUCUUUCCUUCGACGUUGAGGUCAGGGGAGGAGGAGACGUGACCAGACUGUACGCCGUCAGACAGGCCCUUGCAAAGUCGCUAAUUGCAUACUACGGAAAGUUUGUUGAUGAGCAGAUUAGAGCAGAUCUCAGAGAGACCAUCAUUAACUAUGAUAGAUACAUGGUUGUAACCGACUCCAGAAGAAAGGAGCCAAAGAAGGUUGGUGGACCAGGAGCCCGUGCAAGAUACCAAAAGUCUUACAGAUGA